AUGUCUAACAUUUUGUUCUCGCUAUUUACAUGGAAUAGAAACCAAAUUUAAUCGGGUAGAGCGAAAUUAUGAUGGAGGUACUUCCGCAUGUGCAAAUACCUCUCAAUUGUCCAUAUUCUCAACACCUGGACGACAUUUAGGGAAAGCAAUAAGGUGUGAGUUGAAUGAUGAUCUUCACAAUGCAGCAACAUUUUAUGUUCUUCAAAAUUGUGUCGACGCUGACCGAUUUGUUGAAGAACAUAAGAACAUCCUUACAAAUGGAGGUGUUCUUGACAUUGACAGGGUGCAUAAACAAGAAUUUAUUGCGUGGUUUGAAAAAAGAAUCACCGACUUAUAUAAUACAAGGCAAGUUGAUGGACAUAUGCUUUCAUUAGCUCGGGGUCCUGAGAAAAGGGCUGUUUUUUAUCGUGGUUACAAUGUUAAUGGGUUUAGAUUUCAUACAAAUCAAUGUGAUGAAAGUAAAAGAACACAAAAUAAUGGAGUUAUGGUGAGAGGGGAGGAUCAAAGUUGCAAUGUGCCUUAUUAUGGACAACUAACAGACAUUGUUGAACUUCAAUAUACUGAAGGGAACAAAGUUGUGUUGUUUAAAUGUGAUUGGUAUGACGUAUCUCGUGAAGGAAUUGGUUAUAAGAGAGAUCGGCACGGAACCACUAUUGUUAAUACAUCACGAAAGUUGAAAACCGUAGAGCCAUUUGUAUUAGCAAGUCAAGCAACUCAAGUUUACUAUGUUAAUGGAAUAAAAGAUCCCACAUGGAAUGUUGUGAUUGAAACCAAACCACGAAACCUUUAUGAAAUGCCAUCAGAUGAAGAAGAGCCAUACCAAGAAGAAGACAAUUUACAUUGUAAUGCAAAUGUGCUGCAAGAAGAAAAUGAGGAUGAUGAUAUAGAUUGGAGAAGGAGUGGUGUUGAGAAUAUGAUAAUCGAGUGAUUUCAAAGGCUUACAGGCUCAACUCCAUCACCUUAUUUGGCUUCAUCUAGAUUAGUUAUCCAUGUGC